CCAAAAGAAUGGGGAAAUCACUUGUGUAAUGCUGGGCAGCAGUGGGGAAUUAUAUAAGGUCACCAGAAGCUGGAUGCACAUAUCUGUUUCCUGCAGAGAGGGGUGCCAGCAGAUACCACUGUCAAAAGGCUGCUCUUCACCCUCCUAGCAAGAUGUUCCUGCUAUGGCUGGGAUUUGUGCCUGUGCUUCUUUGCAGUCCUGUGAUGAGUACAGGUGCUUUGACAUUCCACAUGAAUUCAGUGAUUGGGAUUCUAAAAGAUUUGGAAUUCCAUCUGAAUGGGACUCUGAACCUGGCUGUGAGGGAGCUUUUCCGAGAACUGGAAUACUGCAAUGGCAAGCUGUGGCAGCAAUUCCUCUGCCCCAUGGCUUCAGUGCCAUCAGAUAUGUCAUACCUGAAUGAGCCGCAGAGGACUUUCCUCAGACAUUUGGUAAAUCACACAGUUGAUGCUUCUUUGAUAGAGCAUGGGGUGGUCUUAACCCCUGAUGGGACCACAAUUUCCCUCAGUCCUCUUCUUGCUGGAAUAGCAGUUGGAUCCAAGAGAAGGCAGGAAACAGUUCUUCUUGGCACACCUUUGGUCACUGACUCAUCUAAUAACUCUCGUCCAGAGCCACAAUUCACUUUGGACCCCCUCUUUGCCACCACAAUAGCUAUGGACCUUGGCAUGGCUUUCCUGCUCUUUCAGACUAACCAGAGUGAAGCGGCCCUGGGGCCAAAUGGAUGCUGGGAUAACAUCUCUGCACCCCAUACAUUCACUUUGAUGGGACCUCCCUCCAAUAUUACAGACGCUUUCAUCAAUGGUGCAAUGGACGGCCUCGUUCUCGGAGCCCUUGUUGCAGAGAAAUAUGAAACAACGUCCAGCCUCAGUGCCCUCCUGGGUGACUACUAUGGAAGAAAGGGCCUGAUAUGGAGAAAUCGUGUGACUAGGAGCAACUUCCGACGAAAUAACUUUGCAGCCCUGGUGAGUGAGGAAAAACUAAGGGACCAAGUAAGGCGUUCCAUGGAACUACUUAGGCAGCUGAAUGAAGACAGUCCCCUUUUUGAAGGCAUCACAAGUGAAGAAACAGGACUUCUGGCAAAUCAAGCAGUAGAUGAAUUCAUGGCAUUAUAUGUAGAGUGUCCUGCAAUCAUCCCAAGAUGUAUGUGGGGGGCCCGGCCCUAUAGAGGAACACCAGCACAGCUUACUCUGCCCUUGAACUCUGUAUAUGUCCACCAUACGAGCACUCCUUCAAAGCCAUGCCAAACCUUCUCAGUAUGCGCAGCUGAUAUGCGCAGCAUGCAGAGAUUCCACCAGGAUGUUCGUGGCUGGGAUGACAUUGGCUACAGUUUUAUUGUUGGAAGUGAUGGCUACCUAUACCAAGGCAGAGGCUGGCACUGGGUGGGAGCUCACACCCUGGGCUACAACAGCAAAGGUUUUGGCGUCAGCUUCAUUGGGGACUACAUGAAGACCCUUCCAGCCACCUUUGCCUUGGAGCUUUUGAAGAACAACUUCUUGCAGUGUGCAGUGAGAGGCUCAAGGCUGCAGGCCAACUAUACUAUCUAUGGGCACCGCCAGAUGGUAUUAAACACCAGCUGCCCAGGAGACAGACUCUUCCAAGAGAUAGAAACAUGGAAAAGAUUCAAGGUCAGAUGCUUCAUGGACAAGGGUGCUCACAGCUGUGUUUAAAACUCUGCACAAGGAUCCCUGACACAAGAGACGAACAGGGAGAAGUCUUCAUCAGCAUCUUUCUGUGCUCAAGUCAAACACCAGGGGGAAGCAUGCGUCAAGGAGUCAAGGAGGAAUCAACUCACGUCCCUUUGCUGAAAUAAAUUGGAGAAGUCA